AUGGCGAAAGCAGGCCCCGAUGUCAACGGCGGCGAGAAUCAAGGCGGAUUCUCAUCCGAUGGUGCCCCAAUAUACGGAUUCUCACAUAUGCACGACAGUGGAACCGGAGGAUCGCCUUCGCUGGGCAACUUCCCUAUCUUCGCGCAAGCAGGAUGUCCGAACGACGAUAUCAACGCAUGCAACUACACGUUCUGGGACCGAAGCACUGAUCGAAUUAAUGGUACUAUCCAUGCGCGCCCAGGAUACUUUGACAUUACCUUAGCCAACAACAUUCGCACGGAAAUGACUGUCACGAAUCACACUGCGCUGUAUCGCUUCACGUUUCCUGAGACUCCUGUGACGGCGAACACGACUUCAAAUCCCCAUAUCCUUGUCGAUUUGAUGGAUUUGCCAAAGUCCCGUGCCGAUGCGAACAUCACCAUUCAUCCAAACAAUGGGCGCAUAUCAGGCAGCGGUCGCUUUACGCCAUCCUUCGGCCAGGGCGCCUACGUGUCGUACUUCUGUCUGGAUUUCGACGGCGCCGCCGUCAAGGACGCAGGUAUCUGGACAAACUCUCGCGCAGCACGCACAACAAGUCUGAAAAUUCGAUCCGGCGAUGUAAGACAGGCUCCGAGUCUACGCCCUGCAGGUGGAUGGGUCCAAUUCGAGAAGCCGAAGAAAAACAACCAGAUCCUUGCUCGUGUUGGAAUGAGCUUCAUUAGCGAAGCACAGGCGUGCUCCAAUGCCGAAAAAGAGAUCCCGCGCACCAACUUCGACUCUGUCGCCAAAGCGGCGGAAGAGGCAUGGCGCGCCAAGUUCGAUGUCAUCACUAUCGAGGCCGGCGGUGUCGACGAUAAUCUCCAGACUACUUUCUGGAGCGGCGUGUACCGCAGCAUGAUUAGUCCGCAAGAUUACACCAACGAGAAUCCGAAUUGGAACUCCAGUGAACCAUACUACGACUCGUUUUACUGUAUUUGGGACAGCUUCAGAAGUAUUCAUCCUUUGUUAACGCUGCUGGAUCCGCAUAGUCAGACGCUGAUGGUGAGGAGUUUGCUGGAUAUCUAUGUGCAUGAGGGCUGGUUGCCGGAUUGUCGUAUGAGCCAUUGCAAGGGCAAUACGCAAGGUGGCUCAAAUGCUGAUAUCGUGAUUGUGGAUGCGUAUCUCAAGAACAUUUCUGCGGGGAUCGAUUGGAAUCUUGCGUAUGAGGCUCUCGUCAAGGAUGCUGAGGUUGAACCUCCUAACUGGGAUAUCGAAGGGCGCGGUGGACUCGCUUCAUGGAAAUCUCUAGGCUACAUUCCCACGGAGAACCUCGACACCGAUGGCGUUGGUACAGAAACUCGUAGCAUCUCCCGAACAGUCGAAUACGCCUACAACGACUUCACCAUUGCCCUCCUCGCCCGCGCUCUCGGCCACAAAGACGACUACAUCAAAUACCUGCAACGCUCCGGCAACUGGAAGAACAUGUUCAACCCCGCCCAAACCAACAUCAUCAACGGCACCGACACAGGCUUCGUCGGCUUCCCGCAACCCCGCUUCAUGAACGGAACCUUUGGCUACCAAGACCCCAUCUACUGCUCCCCACUCCUAGACUUCACAGGCUGCUACCUCAACCCCGCCGGCGGCGAAACCUACGAAGGCCCCGUGUGGCUGUACUCCUUCUUCGCGCCCGGCGAUAUGGCCAGCUUAAUUACUACCCUCGGCGGCCGCGAUACCUUCAUCGCGCGCCUCAACUGGCUGCACGAAUCGGGUAUCUUAUACGUCGGUGACGAACAAGCCUUCCUAACCCUCUUCCUUUACCACUACGCCGGGCGCCCCGCGCUGAGCGCUCAGCGCGCGCACCAGUACAUACCGAGCCUUUUCAACAAUACAGUCGCGGGUAUACCUGGCAAUGACGAUAGCGGCGCCAUGGGCUCGUUCGUUGCGCUUGUCAUGAUGGGUAUCUUCCCCAACGCAGGCCAAGACGUGUACUUUAUAAUUCCGCCAUUCUUCGAAUCUAUAAGCAUUACGAACGGCCAGACAGGGAAGACAGCCACUAUCAAAAACAUCAACUUUACCCCCGAUCAGAAGAACUAUUUCAUCCAGAGCGCGACGCUGGAUGGCGUGCCGUAUACAAGGAAUUGGAUACAGCAUAAGUUCUUCCUCGAGGGCGGCGUAUUGGAACUGACCCUGGGAGAUAAAGAAAGUGAGUGGGGCACGAGGGCGGAGGAUGGGCCGCCGAGUUUGGGGCCGUUUACGAACGGGACGGAGGGGUGGAAGAGGGGGUGGGAGAUGGAUGUUGGGGAGGUGAGGUUUGGGGUUUGA